AUGCCGCUAGCCAAGGAGCUAGAAGAGAUCUCACUCGCUGAGAUUACCGAACUGGUAAACCGUGAAUUAGCGAGUCGGGAACCUGUCGGGAUACUGGAAAGGACUCGCGAGGAAGAUGACCGGGAAGAUCGCGAGCAGUAA